AUUUUCAGGGAAUUUGCUCCCUUUAUUUACAGAUGUUCAUUUAUUCUGUUUCAGUAAUUUUAACGUUUAUCAACUGUUACGAUGUAAAGUGGGCAACGCGUGUCCAGGACAUUUUCACAUACGCCAAGUUGCUGGCAUUAGCCCUCAUUAUCAUAACUGGGAUUGUACAGCUAUGUAGAGGAGAGACGGAGAACUUCAAUGAUCCGUUUGAAUAUACAGAAACCAACAUUGCAAAAGCUACACUAGGCUUCUAUUCGGGGCUGUUUGCUUACAAUGGAUGGAACUAUCUUAACUAUGUGAUAGAAGAACUUCAAGACCCAGUCAAAAACUGUCCGAAAGCCAUAUGGAUAUCCAUCAGUUUGGUGACUAUUGUCUACACGUUUUCAAAUGUAGCCUACUUUACCACUGUAAGCAGAACAGAGGUUCUCAGUGGGGCGGCUGUGGCUGUGAUGUUUGCACAGCGUUUGUACAGUUUUAUGUGGGUGAUAAUGCCAAUCUUUGUCUCACUCUCCACAUUCGGAGGUGUAAAUGGUAUCCUGUUCACUUCAUCAAGAUUGUUUUAUGUUGGCGCUAGAGAAGGUCACAUGCCACAGAUUCUUUCCAUGGUACAAGUAAACAGACUUACACCUAUGCCGGCCUGUUUGUUUAUGGUGAGUGUUAAAACGCAUGUAGAUAACUGCACUCUCCCACUCCUCAGUUUCGUUAUUAUAUCAGUUUAAAAAAUCUUACAUCAA